AUGCUGGCUCUUCUAGCACUUCUAUUCGGCUUGCUCCAGAGUGUUUCAAGCAAUGUGCAGCAUACGUUCUCUUUGAAUCCGAAUAGCUCGCUCUGGACCUACAAUUCGUCUCGAGAAGUCUUUAAGGCUAGGAACCCAUCGCCCUCGUAUCUGUCGUCCGUUACAUCUGAGCACUACUUCACCUCGCUGUUACACCCUGCUUUCCCUUCUUACCAAAUCCGAGUCAAGAAGAGCGCGUUCUGCGACCCGACCGUGAAUGUGUAUACCGGAUACCUUGACGUAGAUUAUGGUGCCAAGCACCUCUUUUUCUACUUCUUCGAGAGUAGGAGGAAUCCCGCUAAAGACGAUGUGAUGAUGUGGAUCAAUGGUGGUCCUGGAUGUUCUUCAUCCAUGGGCCUUCUCAUGGAACUUGGACCAUGCAGUAUUGACAUGGACAAUGUGUCAGCAAAUGGUACUGUCUGGAAUCCAUACUCCUGGAAUGCCGAGGCAAAUAUCUUCUUCCUCGAUCAGCCCAUCGGCGUCGGCUUCUCAUACGCAGACUUUGGCGAGACUAUUGAGACGACCGAGCAUGCAGCUCAAAAUGUGCAUGCAUUCAUAUCUAUUUUCUUCGAGACAUUCCCUCAGUUUACCGGACGUGCGCUGCAUCUGUCCGGGGAGUCAUACGGGGGCCGUUACUUGCCAGCGUUUGCCAGCUACAUCUACGAUCAAAACCAAAUUCUUAAGGCCACGGGUAAAGAACCCCUCAACCUUCAGAGCGUGCUUAUCGGUAAUGGAAUAACUGAUAUUUCAACACUCUACCCUGGCCGCUACGAGAUAGAGUGUGGUUUAGCCGCCCUUGAAGUUCCCUUUCAGAAAAUCAGUACAUGUGUACGCAUGAAGAUGGCGCUUUCUCGCUGUCAGGAUGCUAUGACGAAGCACUGUGUCGACUCAUUUGACUCCAUGAAUUGCAGAGCUGCCGUCAGCUUUUGUGACUCGGAGAUGAGCACAGGUUACUGGGCCAGUGGCCGAAAUGUUUAUGAUAUCUCUAAGAUGUGCGAGGGCGACGAUCUCUGCUACAAGGAGAAUACCGUGAUCAAGCACUUCCUCGAUCAGCCUGCUACGCGCGAGCUGCUUGGCGUUCAAUCGCCAAACAACUUCUCCGCCUGCAAUCGCGAGGUUGGCACGAACUUCAACCUGCACAUGGACAAAUGGGCGGUCCCUUCACAGCAUUACGUAGCGGGCCUGCUCGAGCGUGGUAUCCGCAUGCUGAUCUACGCGGGGACCUACGACUGGCAGUGCAACUGGGUCGCGAACAAGUUAUGGGUGGACAAACUUGAUUGGCUCGCGCGGGAUGCAUACAACGCGGCGGAAUGGCGUGAUUGGGUCGUCAAUGGGAGGAAGGCGGGUGAGACGAAAAAGGCGGGGAUGCUGACAUUCGCAACAAUCCGCGGCGCGGGGCAUAUGAUGAAGGCACAGGCUAUGGUGUCGAGGUGGCUCGCACAGCGAGAGCUGUGA